AUGAGGAAGCGAAACCGUGCUUGUCAAGAGUGCCAUCAACUCAAAAUCAAGUGCGAUGUAAGCACAUCUCCAGGAGGGGCUUGCGAGCGCUGUAGCCGAAAUAACGUUGAGUGCGUUCCGGCGGCGCCACGUCUCCAACGCGACCGCAUCAACCAGCUCGAGGCUGAAGUCGAGGAACUCAGAAACGCGCUACGAGACCAAAGUAGCAGCGCAACGCCGAGCCGGUCUCCUGGGAGUCUCUUGGAUAACUACGAACAUAAUAUGUUAACCUUUCUGGACGCCCGUAUCCGUCCGAGCAAGCAGCAAGAACUGCUUAGCCAAUUUGCGCACCAGGCCGGAGCCGCAUGGCCAGUGCUGCAUCUACCGAUGGAUCUGGAUCUUGUCCGUACAAAAUCCCCAAUUUUACUGCUUUCCGUGCUGGUGUACUCUGUCACGCAGGAGACACAAGGUACCGAGCUCGAAGUACAUGAUGAGCUCGUGCGGGAGACAAUGCACAUACUCGGUGAUGAGUUGAUUGGUAGAGGACAGAGAUCCCUCGAGCUCGUUCAAGCGUUGCUCGUAGCUGCCUUUUGGAACAAGACCACGCGCAAGGGGCAACAAGGGAGUUGUUACCAACUCAUACAGCUUGCUACUGAUAUGGCCAUUGAUCUUGGAGUUGCGGGACCUUCGUUGCAGCCCUCGCCAGUGGCGUAUUUCGACCGGCAUCAGGAUCCUUCGUCUCUGGAUGCACGGCGUACUUGGCUUGCCUGCUUCGUAGCAUUGUCGACCUCGUCCAUUAGUACACGGCGGUCGAAUCCAGUUCCCUGGGACUCCCAUCUUCAAGACUGUGUCCAGGUCCUGGAGAGCAAGGGCGGUCCAUCUGAUGUUCUUCUUUGCCAGCUUGUUCGCAUAACGCAGCUGAUCGAAGACAUUAUUAUCCAAAUGUGUCUCUGCCAGACAGCGACAUUCAUCGAUGGGAACGAUUACCACACGCAUGCCACCAUGGAGCCUUUGCGAAUCAAAGUCGAUGCUUGGGCAGCACGCGUACCAGCAAGCCUUGCGUCUUCACUAACGCUAAAAGUAUGGUACCAUGUAGCCAUGAUACUUCUCCAUGAGGCAGUGCUUCAUACUCCGACGAACAAAUCGUCGUUUGCAGCGCCAUUCAUACCAGGACGCGUCGCGGUGAAAGACUUUCCCAAGCCAACCUUGAUCAUCCCUCCUUUACAGCCUGCACUCGUGGCCAUCGUCCAGCAUUGUCAAGCCGUCAUUGACACUGCCGCAGACAUGGAUCCCGUCCUGGUACUCAGCCUCCCUAGCUUCUGCUUCGCCCCAACCGUGCUCUAUGCUCUUUUCGUGCUGGUCAACGUCUUCGUCGCAGCCACAGAUCCGACGAACACUUACGGAGAAUGCUUAUCAAAGGACGACUUCCGUAUUGAGGACUGUGGAUUGAAGCUGCGGAGACUAACAGCAAGUAUGAGAGUUCUGGAUCCAACCAUGAGCUGUUAUACGACUCGCAUGUUUGAUGCAACAAGUUGGCUUGAGGAUUGGUACAAAGACUACACAGCCAUCCUGUGGCGAUAUGAGCAAAGUCUUGCCAUAGUGUAA